GUGUGGUAAGUUCUCGCGAGAGGCGGGACGUGCGGUUUGGAUCUCGCGAGGCUUGGCCAGCCACACAGAGUGCGUUUUCCAUUUCGUCUCGCUUCUGCUGCUGUUCGGUCGCUCGGUUGUUGGGAACAAGAUGUCGGACGGCUUCGGAAACGGUGACGAGCUUGAGCUGCCGAUGGGGGAGGCCGCAUGCGAGGCUGGAGAGUAUGAGGGUGAGGGGGCGCCAGUUAAUCGUUUAAUCAAGGAGAACAGUCAUCUCUUCACUGACACCAGCUGCAAAGUAUGCAGUGCUGUUUUGAUUUCUGAAUCCCAGAAGCUUGCACAUUACCAGAGCAAGAAGCAUGCAAAUAAAUAUCGCCGCUAUUUAUCGAUCCAGCAAGGAGAAGAGUUCAUCCCAGCAAAAAAGAUGAAGCCGGAUAAUGUUCCGGUGGUUGAUGCAGAUGUAGAUAGGAACAAAUACUGCCCGAUCUGCAACAUGUUCUUCUCAUCUGCGGUUGUUGCUAUGUCUCACUAUGAAGGCAAGCCACAUUCAAAGAACUUGAAGCUGAAGCAACAGGGUGGAGCUCUGGAAGGGGGACCACCUGCAAGUAAGAAGUCUGCCCCACGUGUACAACCAUCAUCUGCUCCAAAAACUCCUGGAAGCGCAGAUCAGUCAGACCCUGACCAGUUUUGCAGCCUAUGCAAAGCCACCUUCAACAACCCUCAUAUGGCUGAGCAGCAUUACAUGGGCAAGAAGCACAAGAAGCAUGAAACUAAAAGCAAGCUCAUGACUAUAUACACCAGCUCCGGGAACACACUGCCGCAAACUACUCCUCUCAAACCACUAAGGCCAGGCACUGGAUCAACUGGAAAUGGAUUCUCCUGUGCUACAUGCAAUAUAAUUGUGAAUUCUAUAGAACAGUAUCAGGCUCACAUUACUGGAGCCAAACACAAGACCAAUUUAAUGGCCAUGAUAACUACAUCCUCGGGCAGACUUUCACCAUCUCCUGAUCGUAAGUCGUUCGGUGGUGUUUCAUCAUCCAGCCGCCGGUUUACCCCUGAGGCUCCCUACGCAGGCAGUAAUUUCUCGUCCUCACCAGGUGGACUGUCAUCAUCUAACUAUUAUUCAUCAUCUGGAGGUUUCUCAUCAGCAGGCAGUCUGUCUUCGUCAUAUGGUCUGUCAUCAGCGGGGAGAUUUUCUUCUGGUGGAGGUUUACUACCAAGGCCCUCUUAUGCUUCACAGAUCCACCAGUCCUAUGUUAACAAAGAAACAAUAGGUCCUGAUGGCUACAAUUAUUUCAACCAAGGCUACUAGACCAGUUUUAGUUUUUGCUGCCUUAAGUUCAGUCGUGCUAACAAGCCAGGAAUGAGAGUUAAGAUGCUAGCCUAGUCUCUGCCCUCAUUCUUUUCCCCUUUGCUGUAAUUCCACAGGAAUUAUUAACAUCAUAAGCAGUAGUUAAAAGUUUAAUUGAAAUCACUGUUUGUAAUAGAAUGUUUUCUUUGAUUUUUGAAAGGGCUUGAGCAGAAAGGGAAAUUAAUAGGGCAGAGUUUAAUUAUUAUAAAUCACCUGUCUCUUAUUGCAGUGGCCUCAGCCUACAGCCAUCCUCCCAUUACAGUUUAGCACCCAUGGUCUGUACACCCUUCCGUGUAGCAGCCAGGGUCCUCCCUCCCCACUCUACCCACACACAUUGUCCUCUAUACAUUGAUGUGCGCAAUUUACAAUGCUGGUGAUUUGGUUUCAUAUAACUACGUCAGCAGUUAAAAUGGUGAGGUCCGCUCGCCUAAAUCCAGAGAAACUCCAUACAACUUGCUGUUCGCUAUAUAGCUUUGUUUAAAUGCCGGCAGUGGCUAUAUGUAGAUACCAGUUACGUGUUGGAACCAGUGGGUCGCUUUGUAUCCAUACCCCAAGCCCAGCUUACCAUCAAGCUUUGUUUAAUUGCCAUGGCAAACUAUUGUUCAGCUGUGAAUUAUUGUGUAGGCCAUUUUAUGUUGAAGUCUAUUAGUUGUUAAAAAAUUUUCUUAAAUUGCAGCCAGCAGUUUCCUUAUGUAUAUAACAUUUACAGGUGCUGUCUGGAAUGGUAAAGAAAGCUGAAAGUAAAAUAUAACUAUUUUCUUGAUUAAGCAGUCACUGAUUUUGCACAAAUGGUCUUGAGUAAUAAAGGAGGUCAAUUUAAGAUUGCUGCAUUUGUCGUCUUGGAAAACAACACAUUUUGUUUACAGUACUGUAGUGCUCUUUAAUGUUCGCAUAAUAUACAAGUAGGAAGAACUAUUGUUUGGUUUUUGUAAGGGUUCUACUGGAUUUCAACUUGGAAUAGUUUGUUGGUGAAGUGUUGAUUCUGCAUUCAAGCAGCACUGUCCUCGGUGGCGACAGGCAAUCAUUUAGAGCCCCAAAUGCAUCCAAUACAAACAAGAGGUUUCCCAAUAAUAAUUUGCAUGUGGUCGAUCUGGUAUUAUGGUCCUAGCUAUAAAUUAUACUGUUUCAGCUUGUGUUUUUGCAGCCAGCCACCAGGUGGCACUCAGUGUCCAGUAAUUGAGUUGAAUAAACUAGGGACUUUGAGUAGAGUAAUAUUUCUCACACAUUCAAUGGGAAAAUGGGUUUUAAAAAAGUUUCUGAAAACUUAAGGCUGUCUUGUGUUUUAGUGAUCUUUAUUUUUUUCCAACUCAUUUUUCAUGUGCUCUUCGUUCAUUGCUUUUGUACUGGUAGCACAUGUUAUCACAUGAUACAUGGGGUAUUCAGUUGUUUGAAAAGUCAGUUGGGUGUCGUUUUUUCCUAUCUAAUAGACAGGAAGAAGCAAACACCCAACCGACUUUUCAAACAUUUGAAUUCCCCCCAUAGAAUGGACAUGCUGCCUUGAUGGUGACUCAUUUUAUCCUGUUUUGAUUGAGCUUUUUAUAGGUUGACAUGUGAAAAGCAAACAAAGAGCACAUAGGUGUGAAUGAGCCCUAAAACUUUAAGUUUGAAUUAUGUUGCUUAUGUAGCAAAACUUGUUUAUUUAAUAUCGCCUUUCUUUUGGGCAUAUAAUGAUAUAAUUAAAUUCCAUUCCACCUUCUGUGACAUGAGUAUCAGAAAUUUUUCUAAUUUUUCUUUUUGUUGGCCCUUUUUGAAAAGCAUAAUUCUUAUUCCUAGUGCAUUUUUUAUACGUUACAUUAAUGGUUUACGUUACGUGUAUUAGAAUAAAUCUGAUUUAGCUAAACAGGAGGAUAAUCUAUACUAAGAAAACUAAGAACAAUCUAGCUAGAAUUACACAGAUUUUGAAUUAAACCAUCUUUACUUACCUAGCGAGCAAUGAAUGUACUGACAACUGUACGCAAUAACCAAAACCUUGUGGGCUCCUGUAAUCGGAACUGCAGUAGUUGGGAUGAAAUGUAAUCCUAGAGCCCUGUUUUAAUGCCAUUUUUUUAUGCAGUGAUUAUUGGAUGACAGGCACAAUACAAAUUGUGCUUAAAGAUUACCUUCCCGUUUUUCUUUGUAGUUUUUAUUUAAUUAACAGUUUAUUGAAAGCAUCAUAAGCCAAAAAAGGAAAAUGAUUAAUAGAAAAUCAAUCCAAUCGUAAAAUAAAAUCUGAGGAUGUAUAAUCGGAGGAUAUAUAACCAUGAACCCACGUAAAUGGGUCAGAAUACAGAGGUAGUAGCCAUAUAGGGAGGCUUAAAUAAAAAACUAUGCAGGCCUUGGUUGUAAAAGGAGACCAGGGGUGCCAGUACUUUAUGUAAGAGGACUGAAGAACUUCUUGGACUACCAGACAUGUAUUCUAUCUGGUAUGUCUGCUAAAUUCUCUUACACCAAAAACUUGGGCCCAACCUAGGUUAUUGAUUGCUGUUUCGAGCCGCGUCCAGCUGCUUGAAACAGCGUUCCCGCUGCAGGAUGGACCUUGGGUUAUUGGCGGUUCUUCCAUUUGUUGGCGCUUAGGGAUGACAUCGCCAAGCGCCGGUGAUCCGACUCCAUAUUUUUAGUGUGACCAGGGUCAGAUUCCCGUAUAACACAACCCAGGUAGACCCUUUCACACCAAGCCUGGGACCCGGGUUAAAUAACUUUUGAUAAAGUGUGUGAGUGGGGCGAAAUAUUACAAGAAGCAGUAAUCUUGCAGGUAGCUGCUCUAGCAAUGUGUAUAGUAAGUUUGUUUUGAGGAGUCUGAGUAAUCUGGAAUGGGCAAGGGCAGCAGGAAAUUAUUGUGUUUGUUAUACUGUAGGCAAAGAUUGUGUCACUUUUUUUUGUUCCUGUCUUUUCUACACAACCAAUGUUUAGAUUUUAUGAAUGGUAUAUUUUACAAUUCUUUUUACCUGUGUUCUUAUAAUUCACAUUACUGCUUUUAGUGUGAUUUUAAUGGUAUGUUUUUUUCCACUUUCAUAUUUGAGUUGCAGUGCUGUUUAGAAAUGAAACACUUGUAAUGUGUUUUCAGUUCUUUGCAUUACAGUUCCCUUUUCUUAUUGCAGAAUUCAUUUCUAUGUUGCUGAUAGCUUGCCCCUCGCUUAGUCUAGUUAUGUUGACAGAAAUGGUAGAGUGGUAGUCUGUGAGUAACAAGGGUCAUGUCUAUGGUCCAUCUUUUGGUCUGCGAGUCCCUAGAGUAACAGUGACUCUAUCAGAAUGGAAUCCUGGUCCUGUUAUCCAUGAAGCUACUGGUGCCUGUUGUCUACCAUACUAAACGCCACCUGUUCAGCGAGCUGUGAAGCUGUUAUAUGAUUGUUGAUGAAUCUUGUGGAAUGGGGAGAUCAUUGUUCAGUGUUUGAGCUGCAUGGUAAUACAUGCUUUAUUCACUUGUCUUAUUCUUAUUACAUAAGUUAUACUGUUGCUUUUGCCUUGAUCCUUGUAGUUCAUUCAAGAAGGCUUUGACCUAGUGCACAAUAUAAUUCUACAAAUCCCAGCAUUUGACCACAAGUACGUAAAUUUGGCUGGGGGCACCUUGCUUGGCAUUGGACAUGUACUUAAGAGGAGCGCUUGUGAUCACAUGUUGCCUUAUGAAGUCACAUGGGCUGUGAAAUCAUAAGGGGGAACAACACAUGCUAAUAAGUUACAUUGUGCAAAUGUUUUUGUGUUCAUUCCACUUGUACAAAAAUUCCCUGUGUUAGCAAAUUAAACAGAUGUUUUCUUUACAUAACUAAAA